AUGACAAAGUACGAGCAAUUUCGUGGUCGGAGUCCCGACCGGAUUUGUUGGCAAUUCAGUACUACCAGCAUCCAACGGAAUUUCGAUCGAUUGAAGGAGGAGCAGAGAGGUGAUGCAAAAAGCUGUAAUUUGCAGAACACAAGUGUCGCCCACCUGGACGUUACGAUUGUGCCCGCAUGGGUAAGUGCAGCACCCGUAGGAUCGUCAUUCGCUAAGGGAGGACGUAUGGCAACGCACUAUCGUGAAUGGGACGAUGCGAAGCAAAUGUGGCAUUAUAGUGUUGAAGUGAAGAAGGUGAGUGGGAAAGGAACUACGUCAAGUUUCAUAAAAAAGUUAUACAUAGGAAGCUGA